AUGGCUGAUGUUGCUAGAUAUAAAGAAGUGGAAAUCACAGGUUAUGAUGAACAAGGUGAAUUCGCACAGAGGACUUACACCGACUGGCCUGCUAGGAUUGCACAGCACGAAAUGGACCAUUUAGAUGGAAAGCUUUAUACUGAUGUUAUGGACAGAAAGAGUCUGUUUUGUGUCUGCUGGGAGGAGGUGAACAUUUCAAGGGGAAAAGUAGCGAUUCCAUUUGCUCCCGAA